UGUCAAGUUUUCUCAUACAUAGAUAGACCUCCUUACGAUGAUAUUCGAAAAAAGUUCAACUUGAUUAGUUUAACUGUAAUAGUUCCUUUUUUUGCUAGUUUUAUAAUUGGAUAGAUAUAUCCAGUACAAAAUGUCUUUAAGUACCAUUUGGAAAUGCAUGUUUUCGCCAAGAUUGAUUAAAGUAUAUGGAACAACCUCGAAUUUAUAUCAGCCGUCAAAAUACGAAAAAUGGGGUGAUCAAUUCAUAAGUUCACUCUGCAUCAUAUGGAAAUUGGGACUCUACACAUCACCCUUCAUUGCGGGCAUACUAUACCAUAAAGAUUACUUCACUCCAGAAGGACUCUUAUCCUUAACAAAGUUUGUCACCAGCAUUGGAGUCAUAUUGGUGAUAUCUUAUAUUUCUAGAGGGCUAGGAAGAGCCUUUGAUGAUACCUACAAAAAUUUUAUCAAAGCACUGGAUGAAGUAAACCAGAAGAUCACUCCUCUCACAAAGCAAAAUAUAUCUUGCUAUGAUUUUGAAUUUCAUGCUUGGCCUGUUGAAUAUGAUCUUCAAAAAUUCGAUAGGUCAAAUAAAGUAUCAGCCGCCACAUUCAACCCCAUGCCGCACCGUAAUCUGCUAGAUAACUUGUUACAAUUGCCAUUUAGAGUUGCAGCAGCAGUAGCUAUACAUACAUUCGGCAUUAGACUCAUCUAUCCCGGAUCAUUGGGAAUAUUGAAAAUGGUAUUAGAUAAGAACCUUAUUCAAGGUCGUACAAGAUAUGUGGAAUAUUUCAGAGGUGAACGUUUCAAGAUCAGAACUUAUGAUGGAAAUGAUUUAGACACCAUGUUUGUCGAUAAAAGAAUGAGUUCUCCUAAUGGAAAUACACUUGUGAUAUGUUGCGAAGGUAACGCUGGAUUUUAUGAAAUAGGUAUAAUGGGUACACCUCUCGAAGCAGGAUUCUCAGCUUUAGGUUGGAAUCAUCCAGGAUUUGGUGGAAGUACAGGAACUCCUUAUCCACCUCAAGAACAGAACGCAAUAGAUGGGGUCAUGCAGUUCGCCGUGAACAAACUUGGUUUCAGAAUGGAAAAUAUAAUCAUUUUCGCUUGGAGCAUUGGAGGUUAUUCGGCUACAUGGGCCGCAAUGAAUUAUCCAGAAAUAAAAGGAUUGGUAUUGGAUGCAACUUUCGAUGACAUUGUACCGUUAGCAGUGAAUCAAAUGCCGACCGUUAUCGGUCCUAUAGUUGAUAUAGCGAUAAGGGAGCAUGCUAAUCUCAAUGUCGCAGAACAACUUGUCGAGUAUCCAGGACCAGUAUUGCUUAUAAGAAGAACUGCAGAUGAAAUAAUUUGCACUAAGGAAGGAGAUAUCACAUCAAACAGAGGCAAUUUCCUGUUGAAGAAAUUGUUGUGGAACAGGUAUCCGCUUAUUUUCGGGGCAUCCCAAAUGGAUCUCUUGGAAGAAUUUCUCAGCUUGCCAUCAACCAAAAAAGAUGCAUUGUUGAGAAUUCAUGAAGUAAACGAUAGUGAAUGCGUUGCUUCACUGCAAUCAUAUAUAUCAGAGUACUCCAAAACAUUCCCUCUGAAGAUUGGGGAGGAAUAUGGAACUCCAGAAAAAAACAGAAUGGCGAUUUUCUUGGCCAACAAGCACCUGAAAGACUUCAAAAGUAGCCAUUGUACCAUGCUUCCUCCGGAAAUGUUUCAGUUGCCUUGGGAGAUAAAUGUAGAGAGUGAUUUUGUAUUUACGUAAAUUCCUUUCUAAUCACUUUUUAUUGACAGUGAGGUGGUAUACAUUUGGAGUGAUGGACUAGGAGAUAAUUAUUUACGGAUAAUUUAUUUAUUUAAUAAAAGAUGUAUACAUUAUGAAGUGGUGUAGUAAAAUACUUCUUUAUCUUGGGA